GUUAUUGGAUGAGAGGGUGAACGCCUCAGUGCACCUGUACAUGGAGCAGAGAGGAAAUGGAUGGAUGAGUAAACUAGUUUCAAAAUUAACAACCUGGAAUUAUUAUUUGUCAAGAAAAGUGCACAAGUGAGAACGAGAAAUGUGUUGUUAUGAGUAGCCUGUGUAUUUAAAUUAAUAUAACGCGUUAGAUCACAUGCGGAAGUUGUCUCGCUCAAGAUUUCUGGUUGGGGCACCUGCUGUCAAAAUAAAAGCAUUUAGUGAUUCAUUCAGUGAAAAGUCGUGCGUUGUGUCACAAAAUGUAAACAUGUGGCUCGGUGCAGUGUAAAAUUUGAAUCCCAAAUGUAUAGCAAUUUAUUCCAGAUGCUCCCACAUCAUGAGGCUUGUUGUUUUGCUUUUGCUUAAUUAUUUGUAUAUUAAAAUGGAGUGGUACUUGUACAAGAAUAAAGUCGUACUUGUACCAGAAUGAAGUUGUACUUGUAGAAGAAUAUAGUGGACGUUUGCGAGCAUGGGUUCUCCUUGCUGCUUAUCAUAAAGGUGUCGUUCCUUUCUGUGAUUACAAUCUGUGAUAUAUGGCACAUUAGAUCUCCUCAGCCCGUAGAUCAGACGCAGGAUUAGUGUUUCGCAUUAAAUGUUAAUUAUUCGGAACAAUCAUUGGAGGAAUUAUAGAUCACUUCCUGUUGUAAAGGUGCCAUCUGGACAGAAUGUGAAAUAUCGUCUCUGAGGAGGCAGAUGCUUCAAGCUGGAAUUCAUUACGACCGGUUUUAUAAGAUUCAAUUUGCAAAGGCUCAACGAGAACCCAUGCUCGCAAACGUCCACUAUAUUCUUCUACAAGUACAACUUACAAACAAGUUGUCUUUAUCACUAUCCUUGGUUAAUCAUGUCUUUAUUGUUGUAAAAUUACCAUUUAUUCCUCCUAAUAUAAGAAAAACAGCCUGUGGAAACUGCAAUGAUAUUUUCUGUUUUAUUUCUUUUUUUUAACUUGAUACCCUGGCGUGCUCUAUAUUUGGGGUUUUGAAAUAGUACGCCAGGUGGUGGGGGGCUUUUAUUCUGAAGUAUAACCCACCGGAAGUGCCAGUUGUUGUUGCCCCAGGCGGAAGUCAUGUCCGUGAAGUUCCCGGUUAGCACCUAGCUUUAGUAGCUAAAUGUAAAUGCUCCGCUACUCUAACUCCGGCCGGACGUUCCCGCUCCGUGUCGCCAUGAACAGGACGCACAUGAAGCGGUUCAGCAUCUUGAAGAUGGCGCUGUGGGGCUCCGGGGAGUCGGAGCCGGGCGGCCGGGAGGAGACCUACCUGUACAAGGCGCUGCGGAUCGCGGCGGUGGUGGCUCUGUACUGGUUCAUCUCCAUCACCAUGGUGUUCCUCAACAACUUCCUGCUGGACAACAAGGAGCUGGACGCGCCGCUAUUCGUCACGUUCUUCCAGUGCCUGGUGGCCUCGGUGCUGUGCUGCUUCAUGCAGGUCCUGGCCAAACUGUGCCCGUGGCUCAUCGACUUCCCGCCGGUGCGCUUCGACCUGAAGACGGCCCGGGAGGUGCUGCCCCUGUCCGUGGUCUUCAUCAGCAUGAUCACCUUCAACAACCUGUGCCUGAAGCACGUCGGCGUGGCCUUCUACACGGUGGGUCGCUCCCUCACCACGGUGUUCAACGUGCUGCUGUCCUACGUGAUCCUGAAGCAGACCACGUCCCUGCAAGCCGUCAUGUGCUGCGGCGUCAUCCUGGGUGGAUUCUGGCUCGGUGUGGACCAGGAAGGUGUAGCAGGGUCCCUCUCCUUGUCGGGGAUUUUCUUCGGGGUCAUUGCCAGCGCCUGUGUUAGCCUCAAUGCCAUCUACACCAAGAAGGUGAUGCCAUGCGUGGACGGUAACAUCUGGAAACUGUCCUACUACAACAACAUCAACGCCUGCAUCCUCUUCCUGCCGCUCAUGCUCGUCUUCGGAGAGUUCGGGCGUCUCUACAGCUUCACCCGUAUCUUUGACACGGGCUUCUGGGGCAUGAUGAUCCUCGGAGGAGUGUUCGGUUUCGGCAUCGGCUACGUCACGGGUCUCCAGAUCAAGUACACCAGUCCGCUCUCACACAACGUCUCGGGGACGGCGAAAGCCUGCGCGCAGACUGUCAUCGCAGUGGUGUAUUACUCGUCGACUAAAAGCCUGCUGUGGUGGACCAGUAACAUGAUGGUUCUCGGCGGCUCGUCGGCCUACACUAUCGUGAAAAGUCGAGAAAUGAAGGGCGACCCCCGCAAAGAGCCUCAGGACUCAACCAAAGAAAAACUGCUUCCAGAGGAGGAGGACGGUGUUGGGGUUUGACCGCCGGCUGAGGAGUGUGUAGUACUUCUCCAUGUGGUGUGAUAUGAUGUGAUAUGAUGUGAUACUUUUCCUUCGUGGAAUCAGAGUGGGUUUUGUGGGUUUUCUUUUCUUGUAUACACCUUAACUAAAGGUGUAAAGGAAUUUGUACAUAUUAAAUUAAAGCUUCAUAUUUAUUUGAGGCCUCUUUUAAAUAUUUUUUUAAUAGAGAAAAAUAAUGGAAAUUGUGACAUUUUUUAUUCAGCGGGAGGAGAGAAAAUAUUCACUUGGUAUCACGUUUAAAAUAUCUAUUUAAUUCAGAUAUUUUUAAUCGAAGGGAUGUUGAACAUUCAAAUUGCUGUUAAUUCUGAAAAAUAAUGUAACAAUCAUGUCAACGAUUUGAGCGUUGGGCUAUAAAUUUAUUAGUUGUCGCAAAUAUUAAUAAAGCCAAUGUUUAAUUGCUUGUUUUCUAGAAA